AUGACCGAAUCGUCUGGGAUGAUGACCUCUAUCAGCACAAAUGGAGCACCACUGCCAGGGGGACCGCUUCCGUUCGAGCAGCCACCCAAGCUCAAGGGUCGCAGGCGUCUCUUGCAGAGCCUGCAAAGGAUGUCAUCUUCUCAGUCGCUAGCUUCGAUGCGCCGAGCUCCUCCCACUUCCUAUCCAGGUGGAAGCAAAGGUUCAAUGUCCUGCGUAUCCUUAUCAUCCUCCAACUCCAGACACGGCCAUUCGUAUGGGAACUCGUAUUCUUCCACCCGGUCCGGUGCUUUCUCGACCGCACCAACUUCAGUAGCAAGUACACCUGGUCCAGAGAACCAGAAUUUCGAUUCCGGAACUCGGAUUCGAUGUCUGGACAGUGAGCUUGCUGGUCAUGCUUCACCUAUGCCGAAAAGUGUACCUUUACCGGCAGACAUGCGGGCGGGCACAAAAGAAGCAAUGUCCGCUGUCACAUCAGGGAUGGCCGGUGUAUUUGAGGAUUAUUUCUCGAAGCCGAUAGUUCGUGUAAAGGAGCUUCGCAAGAGGAGGAAUAUCAACUUUUGGGGUGAGAUGCCUCAAGAAUUAGCAAUGCACAUACUCCAAUUCCUGAGACCGAGGGAGAUCGUCAAGUGCUCGGCAGUCUCAAGAAGGUGGCAUAAGAUGUGCUUUGAUGGACAGCUCUGGAGUAAUCUCGACACCCAGGAAUACUAUCAAGACAUACCUGCGGCUUCGUUGAGCAAAAUCAUGGAAAGAGCUGGACCUUUUGUAAGAGAUCUCAACCUGCGAGGCUGUGCACAGAUGCCGGAAAGCUGGGGCAAAGACGGCCAAAAUAUAACAGACGCUUGCAGAAACUUGGAAUACUUCUCUCUCGAGGGCUGCCGUAUUGACAGGAGCUCAGUGCAUUACUUCCUUCUUCGGAACCCACGGCUCAUGCACAUCAACCUCUCAGGCAUGAAAGGUCUCAGUAAUUCCGCACUUAGGAUCAUCGCUCAAAACUGUCCACAGUUGGAGCAUCUCAACAUAUCUUGGUGCCAGAAUGUUGAUUCAAGAGGUCUGAUCAGGAUCGUACAGUCAUGCUCUCGACUCAAGGACCUACGAGCCGGAGAGGUCAAAGGCUUCAACGAUCAAGCACUCCUUCUUGAGCUAUUCACUCGCAACACUCUUGAAAGAUUAUUCCUUGAUCAUUGUGUCGAGCUUGACGAUGAGGCCCUUCAGGUACUGGUUCAAGGUGUCGACCCUGAAAUCGAUCCUUUGACUGAACGGGCUGUGGUUUCGCCUCGAAACUUUCGUCAUCUCGAUCUCAGCCGAUGUUCGCAACUCACCGACAAAGGCGUCAAAUGCCUGGCAGGCAACAUGCCGAGUCUCUGUGGUCUUCAGCUCUCUUUUUGUGAAGAAUUGACCGAUGAUGCCCUUACGGGAAUACUCGAUUCAACUCCACAUAUGACCCACCUGAAUCUGGAGGAAGUCGACCACCUUUCCAAUAGCACCCUCCAAAACCUCGCUAAAUCUCCAUGUGCUCCACAACUUCAGCACCUCAACGUCAGCUAUUGCGAAAACCUAGGCGAUAGCGGCAUGCUCCAAGUCAUAAAGUCUUGCCCCAAGCUUCGUACUGUCUUUAUGGACAACACCCGCGUCUCGGACCUCGUCCUGACAGAAGCCGCAGCGCAAAUCCGCAUUCGUGACCGUAUCAACCCUUUGGCCACGAAUGCUCCCCCAACCGUCGGUCUCCGUCUAGUCGUCUACGACUGCCAAAAUGUCACGUGGACCGGCGUCCGCGAGGUUCUCUCCCGCAACACCGAGCCCAACAGACGAGAAGUCGUCUCUCUGAAAUGCUUUUACGGGUAUCAAGAUACUGUCAAUGAGCAUAUGAAGAGGGUGCUGAAGGGUGAAGCGAAGGCCGCAAGUAGGUUGGAAAGAAAAUGGGCGGAUUACAUGGUUGCGAGUGAGGAGGCUGGUGCACAAGGAGCUGGGGCCAGGAGAAGAAGGCGGAGGUUAAGGGAGGCGGCAAUGGUGCAUGCGGAUGAGGAAGAGGGAGGACCCAGGAAUGGAAGGCGAAGGGCGAGGAGUGGAGGGUGUGCUAUUAUGUGA